GUUGACAUUUCAGAAGACAAGAAAACCUUCAGAAAACAACUCACCAUUGAAGAAGUUCCUUCUUUAUCUAGUUACAUUUAUAGAAUAUGGUGCACAGAGCACGGACGCUUCCUGUAGAUCGAGGAUGGGCGUGGGUGGUUUGUCUUGGGUACUUCGUGAGUGUAUUUUGCAUGGUUGGGAUAGCCAAGUGCUUUGGAAUCCUGAUGGAAGAAUUUGUUGACUACUUCAACGUUCCGGUUGCCGUGGCAGCCUCGGCGAUGGGUGUUGCUGGGGGCAUGUACACAAUCGCAGCCCCAAUGUGUAUAGCAGCAGGCCAGCAUUUUACACAGCGCAAGGUUGUGAUGCUUGGAGGGCUUAUAGGAGGCAUUGGUCUCGCUCUCUGUGGCCUACUGUUCAGCAUUGAGUGGGUCAUCCUCAUGUUCGGUUGUCUCUAUGGUUUUGGGAAUGCAUGCCUGUUUGGUAACGGCCUGGUAAUGCUUGGGCAAUAUUUCAAAAAAAGGCGGGGCUUGGCCAAUGGAUUGGCGCUGUCGGGGGCUAGUAUUGGGCAGUUUGCUCUCCCGCCACUUUUGCAGUUCCUACUAGAUACAUACACGCUCAAGGGCACAUUGUUAAUUAUAGGAGGCAUGUAUCUCAACGUGAUUAUGUCCGGCGCUUUGUUCCGCCCGGUAUCAUACUACAAGAAGCAACCAAAGAAACUGCAAGGUCCAGAAACUGAUAAACUUCUGGACAGCAAAACUGGCGAAGAUAUCAAAAUAACCCUGACAAAACAUAAGGCAAAUGGUGAUGAUAUAUCUGAAACAAAAGGGAAUAUUGAAGAUGGUAAGGUAGAUGACGGUGCAAAUGGAGAAUUAAGAUCUCGCUAUUUCGAUUCAAAACAAGAAAGCAUAGUUUUUGGAAGUGUUGAUAGUCUUCAUACAGUAGCUGUUGAGACAGAUAUGAAGACAGAAUCUAAUGAUACUAACAAUGAGCAUGAAAAGAAAAACAAGGAAAAUAAAUGUAUCAGUUUUUUAUGUGGCCUGAUUGACUUCAGUGUUUUAAAAAGUGAUGUAGUGAUUUUAUUAGUGAUUGUUAGUUUUCUCAUAUUUUUCGGAGUGUUCAAUUUCAUUAUUUUCAUGCCAGCGUCAGCAGCCAACAAAGGCUACUCCAAAUAUGACAAAGCAAUACUUGUGUCAAUCUCUGGAGUAUGUGAUCUAAUUGGACGUGUUUUAGUCGGCGUUGCAGGUGACUUUGAGCUUGUUGCAAGAUACAAAAUUCUAGCCACAGCGUCGUUACUCAACGGAUUUGCAAUCCUUGGGUUUGGGUUUGCCUCACAGUAUGAGGUUAUGGCGCUAUUUGUUGGUUUCUAUGGGUUCCUAGGGGGCUGCUAUGUGUCAAUCAACGCUCCAGUGGUAAUUGACCUCGUUGGUUUACAGUCAAUGCCAAAGGUCCUUGGCGUGCUUCUCUUUAUCCAGGGGCUCGGAGCAGCCAUUGGACAACCUGUCUUAGGUGCCAUAAGAGAUGCCCAUGGUUCGUACCUUCCGGUGAAUAUUAUCUGUUCAUUGUGUGCAAUUACUGGUUCCCUGCUCCUGUACAUGUACCCCAUCGUUCGUCGCAGGGAGGAGAAGCGGGCGGAACAGAAACCAGAGUUCGAAAUCACUCUGGAAUUACACUAAAUAAUUUAAUGUUAAAGAUCAUGCACAUUUAUUUUAAGAUACAUGUAUGCAACUAAUGACAUCAAUAAAGGUUAACAAAAUGCAUACAUGUGCCAUCAAAAUAGAGGUUUUACUCUAUGUGUUGGCCUUAAUUACAUUAAUUGGCUUAUAUAAUAUCUAAAUUUUUGGAGAAGCUUUGCUAGUCUAGUAAUUAAGAUAAACAUUGCAUAUCUAUAUAAAUAGAUAUAAGAAACAUUCUAUAGACGAGACAAAAUAUCCUGAGAUGUGGCUCAAAUACUAUUUGAUUGUUAAUUAAACAUGCUAUAUUUAUUUUGUAUAAUACAAUCAUGUGUCAUCUGUGUUCGUACCCGUAUGUUUUCAUAGUUUCAUAAAUCUUUAUACCUUUGAUUGACAUGAAAUUCUCGAUAUUCUAAUAUUAAGAGCAGUAUUUUGUACCUUUUUUAUAUACUGUAAAGUAUUAGUCAUUUUUUGAACCCGCGGCAUCUCAUUUGAGCAGUACUUAUCUUAUCUCGACCAGACUUGGUCACAUGUUUGUGGUGUAAUACCCUAACUAAAUUGAUAUCCAGCAAGGCUGGUCCAGUCGCUCCCAACUUCUGCAGCCAAUUAUAUGAACGUGGAUAAGUCCUAACGAGUGGUAAACUUUUGGUUAUCUCCCUGGUUUGGUCAAUUUAUCGAAAAACUGAUUAUAUAAAAAUUAAGUUUUCCUUAACAGUGUGUGUUUUGGCUUACCUUGAAAUGUCAAAAUUGACUUUUUUGGCUCACUAACUGGUACAAACUUCUGUAUAUUGUCUGUAAGUAGUUUUAUAACUUGCAAGAUAGGGGAAGUCACCCUUCAAUUGUUUUAAUUCAACCAAAUUGACUUUGUCUGCUAUCUUACCAGUUUAGCAAUCUUCAUCCUAUGACCACUUAACUUGUUUCAUUGGUUGUGUUCAUUUUAUAUUUGAUGUGUUCAAUUCACGUGCCCAAUCACAUCUUCAACCAUUAAGGCCCUUGAAUUUACUACCAUAUUUUUUCAUGCCAUAUUUACUAACUUAGAACUUCUUUUCCAAUCUUUAUUAAACUUGGACAUGGUAUGUAAUCAUAUUAUAUCUCUAAUGAGUGAAAUUACCAGUCAGAUCAACCCAGACCCUUCAUUGUUUGAUUGCUUACCAUAUCUACAUAUCAUUUAAACAUUUUACAUUUUGAAUAGGAUUGUAUAAACCUCUGCUUUUAUCUACUGUUUCAAGUAUUGCAAAUAUCAAAUUGUUUAUAAUGCACCUUACAAUCCUAACUUUCUUAAAGGCACUUCUGUAAUGUAAGCAUGUCCAACUUGUAGGCAUCUUUUCCCUUUUAGUAUGCCAUUUCUGGAAUGAAAUCUCUUUUGAUCAAUACGUGAUAGAUUAAUAAUUCAAGACAUGUGACUUUUUUUUAUUAAUUUCAUUUUCAUUUAGUUGUGACAAAUUCAAUAUAAUGUUUAUACUUGAAGGGACACACUCAUGUUUUUGUAAAAUGCACUUUUUCGCAUGACGAAAUAUAGUUUGGCAAAUCAUUAGGAUUGUUAGAACUAAUAUACCAAUAGCUGGAAUCCUUCAGCAAUGUUGAUAUUUGCUCAAGUAUCAUCUUUGAAACCAAAAUUUUCAUUAGCCUUAAUAAGGCUAAUGGUCACUCAAUUACAGUUUUGUGGUUGUGUGACUGGUUGAUUGAAAUUAUCACAUGAUGUUAAACUUGACAUGGAGGCUUGGUCUGACCAGUAGAUGAUCCCUAUUGAUUUUAGGGGUCAAAAGUCAAGAUUACAGUGACCUUGCAUGGUAAAAGGUUGUCCGAGUGAUGACUGGACAAUGCCUGCACCCAUGGCCCUCAAAGUUGACUUGGAGGUUGGUCCUGAUAAGUAGAUGACCCAUAUUGAUUUUGGGGGUCAUUGGCCCAAAAGUCAAGACACAUUAACCUUGAAUGAUAAAAGUUGACUUGGAGGUUGGGCCUUACCAGUAGAUGACCCCUAUUGAUUUUGGGGUCAUCAGGCAGAAGGUCAAGGUCACAUUGACCUUGAAUGAUCAAAGGUUUGUCCAAGUGAUAACUCAGACAAUACCUGCACCCAUGGCCAACUCAGACAAUGCCUGCACCCAUGGCCCUCAAAACUUGACUUGGAGGUUGGGCUUGACCAGUAGAUGACCCCUUUUUAUUUAAGAGGUCAAAGAACGAAUGUCACAGUGACCUUUAUGCCAAACUUUAUGCAUAAUGUUUGACAAACAUCUCCUGUUUAUACAAUAAUUGCACCUUUUUUCUGCAAUUGCAAUAUAUCAUAGAGUAAAAUAAAUGAUAAAAUUAGUGUUUUUAGAUCUAUGCAUUGAUUGGAAAAUUGAUUUGAAUUUAAUUUUGAGAAAAUAUACUUAUAAAAAGAGUAAAAAACCACAAAUAUUUAAUCAUAACCAUCCAGUUAUGGGGUAAAUGAGUUGAAAUUGAGUAUGUUUGUGAUUUCACACUCUGGGUCAACUGUCUCAGUUCUUAUAGAUAUGGGAUCUUUUUGAGUCUCUUGAAUCUCUUGAAUAAAAGAUAUUUUAUUUCUGUAAUCUCAUUUAAUUGAAUAUUUCAUUCGGUUACAUAUUUAUUGUUAAUUUAUGUAAUAGACUACAUCAUAAAUGAUAAAUAUAUUUUUCCUCCAUCCAUGACUAUUCCUGUGUUUAAUAGGUAUUAUUUUGUUGUUUUAAAUGUAUAAGAAGUAUUUCAUGAAUCAGGGGCGGUAUUCAUAAAACUUCUUAAGUCAUUUCCUAACUUAAGUCAUUUCCUAACUUAAGUCAUUUCCUAACUUAAGUCAUUUUCUAACUUAAGUCAUUUCCUAACUUAAGUCAUUUCCUAACUUAAGUCAUUUCCUAACUUAAGUCACUUUCCUAACUUAAGUCAUUUCCUAACUUAAGUCACUUUCUUAACUUUUGUAUCUCUAUAGUCGUAUGAAAUAAAGACUCUCAGUUCUCACUUAUACAUUUCUUUUAAUUUGACUAUUAACAUUUUAUUAAAUUGGCUUAAGAUGCUUUAUGAAUACUGCCUCAGGAUCUCUUCAUUGUCAAAUCAACAUACAUGUCAUUUUUCAGGAAGGUUUCAUUUUGUAACUAGGGGUUUGUCAUCAAUUCUCAUUAAAUUUUUGUUCUGCGUGUUCUACUUUUAAAAGCAUUUCGUUCAAUUCUUUUUAUACUUCACACAACUGUUCAGGACCAUCACACACUAAGGUUCCAUAACUCCAUGUCAUCCUUUAUACAAAUUAUGGCCCUUGAUUGACUUUUAUGUACUUUUUUCUUGAUUGUUUUUACAGACAUAUAUAACAUCAUUAAUGCAUUCAUUUCUAAGACAAAGCAGCAUAUAGUCAAGCGACCUGUCCUAUGACAGCUCUUGUUAUGUUAAGCCACUUCAUAUUUUUCAGUUUGUUAUAUUAGUUUGCUUGUCUUAGUUUAUUUUUUAUUUGCUGUUGUUUACAUUUUGUGUUGUUUUUUUCUGCUACAAUUAUUAAAAGUAUCAGGUAUGUUUUUUUGAUUUGCUAAGUCAUAAUCCUGUUGUUUGAUAGUGUACUACCGUAAAUGCAUUUAUCAUUAUCAAAGUCCCUUUUUCCCUGUAUAUGAUACUAAUUACUGUGUUGUUAGAUAUUUUAUUGGAUGCAUUUAUGAAUAUAAAAUUCCAUUUCUAUACCUGCAUAUUUUGUCACCAUUGUUUGAAAAAAGUCUGACUAUCUGACAACAUAUAACUUGGCUACUGGAGUAUGCAGCAUGUUAUAUAACUUGGCUACUGGAGUAUGCAGCAUGUUAUAUAACUUGGCUACUGGAGUAUGCAGCAUGUUAUAUAACUUGGCUACUGGAGUAUGCAGCGUGUUAUAUAACUUGGCUACUGGAGUAUGCAGCGUGUUAUAUAACUUGGCUACUGGAGUAUGCAGCGUGUUAUAUAACUUGGCUACUGGAGUAUGCAGCAUGUUAUAUAACUUGGCUACUGGAGUAUGCAGCGUGUUAUAUAACUUGGCUACUGGAGUAUGCAGCAUGUUAUAUAACUUGGCUACUGGAGUAUGCAGCAUGUUAUAUAACUUGGCUACUGGAGUAUGCAGCAUGUUAUAUAACUUGGCUACUGGAGUAUGCAGCAUUUUAUAUAACUUGGCUACUGGAGUAUGCAGCAUGUUAUAUAACAGUUACUGUUGUAUUACCUUGUUCUUUGUUUUAUGAUGCUUGUGGCGCAAUGUUUACGAAUAAACCAAAACAAUAA